UUCUGCUGUUGUGUUGUCUCUUUCCCAGAAAUUUCUGACGGCAAAUUCAAUAUCCAUUUUACCAAUUCUCUAAAAGUAUCAAGGGAAUCAAUUAGAUAUAUCAGUAUAAUUUAUCGAUUAAACAUUUUCAGAUUCUUGAUUAUUAUUUUUUUACUUUUCUUAUUUUUUGUGCUUGAAGAAGUUGAUUGAUAAUUUCAAUGGGGACGCCAGAAUUUCCAAAUCUUGGAAAACAUUGCUUUGUAGAUGACUGCCGGCAGAUUGAUUUCUUGCCUUUUACCUGCUAUUGUUGUCACCAGGUGUAUUGUCUAGAGCAUCGGAGCUAUAAUAGACACCACUGUCCGACAGCGAACAAGAAUGAUGUUACUGUGGUUGUUUGCCCACUCUGUGCAAAAGGAGUACACCUUAUUCCUGAUGAAGACCCGAAUAUAACUUGGGAAUCACAUGUAAACACGGAAUGUGAUCCAUCAAACUACGAUAAAGCCACAAAGAAAAGAAAAUGUCCCGUACCUGGCUGCAGAGAGUUCUUGACUUUCUCAAACACAAUCAAAUGUCGGGAGUGUACUGUAGAUCAUUGUUUGAAGCAUCGGUUUGGACCUGAUCACAAAUGUCCUGGACGUAAGAAACCAGAAGCAGCAUUCUCGUUUAUGAACUUUCGAACUGGCAGUAGAAAUGACGAGCCCAAGAAAUCUCCAGCCACAUCAUCCUCUAGUUGGGCCUCAUCAUUCUUCAAGGCAGCUGAAGCUGGAAUGGCAAAAUUAGGCAGCGGAAGGGGCCAAAGCAGCAAUGCCACAAACCAUAGUGGGAGUGCUAACGGGCAAGUUGAGCAAUGCCCGCAAUGCACUCUAAGAUUUUCUUCAGUCACAGCUCUCGUGAGCCACGUACAAAAAGUCCAUGAAAAGAACGGUGUCAUGAACUUGACAGUCGAUGUCUGCCCCAGAUGUAGUAAAGGUUUUCGCGAUCCAGUGUCCCUAGUAGAACAUGUUGAAAGGGAACAUAAAGGAACUUCAAAGGCAUAAGGGAGGUCAAUGUAAAGAAGGGAAAUUGCAGCCUUCUUGUUAUUUUUUUAUCAGCGCAUUUGAGAAUUUCACUGUUGCAUUGUUCUUUUGGUGGUGGGGUGGGGGUUGAUUUGGCCUUUCUUCUCCUUUCAUUAUAAGGCGUGGUCUGACUCUUAGAAAAGAAAUUCUUGUGUUCAUGGGGUUCGAAAUGUUGUGUUUAGGAAUCUAUGAGUACUAUGUC